ACCCUGCCGCUCCAAAAGCCCUGCCACAACAAAAGCUUUAGGGCUUUUUGUGAUUCACGUUUCAAACAUUCCAGACCAUUAGGGACGAGUACAUUUCAUUCCCACAUUAUGAGGUGACAUUUAACUGAUACAUUAUUCAAAGCUGUUCAAUCAUAUUAAUGUGACAAAAUAGUUUGUCCAAACCUAGGCCAUAAUGAUUCCAUUGUUGAGUCUCGCCUUACACGUAUAUGAUAAUGAGAUGCGAAAUAUUGACUUGCCAUUUAGUCUACAUGAUAAGAAUUGUUCUCAUACAGGUCUUUAUUCAGCUGUUCUGAUAUGUUUGACUAUACUUUUAGUUUGUCAGGAAGCGAUAUGGGAGGCCUUCCGUAUCUUCUUGGACAGGGUUCCUAACUCCGAGGAGUACAAACACUGGACCUACGCCUGCCAGCAUGGCUCUCUCUGUCUGGAUGAGGUGGCCAGGAACUUCAGUAGUACCCAGGAACACAUUGACAUGGUGGCCAGAAGAGUUGCUGAACAGGAGAAGAUCCAGAAAGAAAGCGGUGAAGUACCAACAGCUGGAGGAACUGAGAUUGAGAAAUGCUCGAAAACUCCAUCAGAACUGUUUAGCAUUCCGAAUGAAGCAGGGGACAUAACAGAGAUUCCAAACAUUGUACCAGAUGAGGUGGUUAUUGAGGAGCAGAUAGUGGAGUUCAGUGUCACCAUAGCUGACCCUGGCUACAGUGAACUUCUUCUGAGAGACCCUGCAGCUCCCCAGUACCAUGACAUCACACGCAAUCUCCACGAUACGAUGGUUCACGUUUUUGACAAACUUCCUGGGUAUAAAGAUCUUCGUGUUUUGGGAUUUCGGUUGGUUGAAUUUAGAUCUGAUGAUGUGUCAGUCCGCUAUGCUGUGGUGUUUGAGACGAAUGGAGAAGACCCUGACACAGAAUCUAAAACCACUCUAGAACCAGGCACAGAGACAGUUAUUUACACAAACGGGCACAGACUGAAGGAUCUGGUUUCCAAGGCCUUGAGCGGAGAGACAUCCCUGCCUGUGGACAUACAAACACUCAGUUUUGAACCUGAUCCCACUGUUUCUCUACGCAAUGAGUUGGAAGCGACUACCUUGGAGACCUUGCUAGAGGAGGUUGCUGGGCACACUGAAGGUUUCUUACCAACUGUUGCUGUCGGAGAGGAAUUUCUUAAAGAUUUUACAGACACACCCGAGGAACUCACUGUUGUGCCUUUAGGUGACUCAGUUACUGUUCUCCUCACUGAGGCUACCACUGCCUCCCCUGCCAUUGAAGUAACUCCCAAUUCUCCCCAAGAGGAACUUAUUGAGAGUCCUCCCUCAGAAGAAGUAGAGUUGCCUCCAGUGGCGGCUACAGAUGAGAUGCUUGAGGUAGAUGCUACAGAAGAGAUGCUUGAGAUAGAGGAGCCUGCAGUGGAUGUUACAGAGGAGACGACUGAGGUAGAGGAGCCUGCAGUGGAUGUUACAGAGGAGACGACUGAGGUAGAGGAGCCUGCAGUGGAUGUUACAGAGGAGACGACUGAGGUAGAGGAGCCUGCAGUGGAUGUUACAGAAGAGACGACUGAGGUAGAGGAGCCUGCAGUGGAUGUUACAGAGGAGACGAGUGAGGUAGAGGAGCCUGCAGUGGAUGUUACAGAGGAGACGACUGAGGUAGAGGAGCCUGCAGUGGAUGUUACAGAGGAGACGAUUGAGGUAGAGGAGCCUGCAGUGGAUGUUACAGAGGAGACGACUGAGGUAGAGGAGCCUGCAGUGGAUGUUACAGAGGAGACGAUUGAGGUAGAGGAGCCUGCAGUGGAUGUUACAGAGGAGACGACUGAGGUAGAGGAGCCUGCAGUGGAUGUUACAGAGGAGACGACUGAGGUAGAGGAGCCUGCAGUGGAUGUUACAGAGGAGACGACUGAGGUAGAGGAGCCUGCAGUGGAUGUUACAGAGGAGACGAUUGAGGUAGAGGAGCCUGCAGUGGAUGUUACAGAGGAGACGACUGAGGUAGAGGAGCCUGCAGUGGAGGGUACAGAGGAGACGACUGAGGUAGAGGCAACAGAGAGGACGCUUGACGUAGAGGAGACUACAGUGGAUGUUACAGAGGAGACGACUGAGGUAGAGUCUACAGAGAGGACGCUUGAUGUAGAGGAGCCUGCAGUGGAUGUUACAGAGGAGACAAUUGAGGUAGAGGCUACAGAGAGGACGCUUGAUGUAGAGGAGACUGCAGUGGAUGUUACAGAGGAGACGUUUAAAGUAGAGGAGCCUCCAGUGGAUGUUACACAGGAGACAAUUGCAGUAGAGGAGCCGCUGGAUAUUACAGAGGAGACGAUUGAGGUAAAGGUUAAAGAGGGGACUCUUGACGUAGAGGAGCCUGCAGUGGAUGUUAAAGAAGAGACAUCUGAGGUAGAGGCUACAGAGGGGACGCUUGAUGUAGAGGAGUCUCCAGUGGAUUCUACAGAGAAGACGAUUGAGGUAGAGCAGUCUCUAGUGGAUGCUACAGAGCAGACGAUUGAUAUAGAGAACACUGUGGAUGCGACAGAGGACUACCUUUGGGUUUGGCCACCAGUUACAAGAACGGCUGUUACAGAACAGCCUACCACCAAAAUGAUUACUCUCUUCCCCCCUGAGGAAGAUGCUGAGGAGACCCUCCCAACUGUUGAACCAAAGGAAGAUGAAGGACCCACAACUACUGAGACGACUUUAGAGAAGCAACCAGACGGAGACAAUCAAAUGAUCACCACUACAGCAUCUCUACACGUAGAACCUACAUCCAUCGAAACAUUCACCACUGUUACACAAUCACCAAACAUGCCUUUAUCUGAGGAUGAUGUCAUCCAAGCAGAACCUGAGGAAGUCCCCUCAGCAAAUUUUCCCCCUGGACCUUCAGAAGGAUGGGACUCUCUCCAAGAUGAGGAACCACUUGAGACGGACGUGGAUAUCUCUAAUGACUCGGACAUACAGGAGGAUGUAGAGAAGGUAGAGGACGGUACAGAAGCCGCCAAUACGCUGGACGAGUUUGGCAGUGGAUUAGAAGGCCCAUUUGAGUCCACCGCACCCCCAGCACUCACACACAUGAACACUCCUUUAAUGGCCAGUACUGGAAAAGCCAAAGAAAUGGUGGUGUUCUUUAGUUUGCGAGUCACUAACAUGAUGUUUUCAGAGGACCUGUUCAACAAAAGCUCUCCCGAGUACAGGUCAUUGGAGAAUACCUUUCUUCAGCUGAACCAGUUCUCUGAGCCCAGAGACUCGCCAAAUCCUGGAGCCAGUAAAUCUGGGACUGGGAGACAGAGGACGUUAGCUUCAAUACCGCUUCUCCCAUAUCUGCAAUCUAAUUUGACAGGAUUUAAGCAAUUGGAAAUCCUCAACUUCAGGAAUGGUAGUGUUGUGGUGAACAGCAAGAUGAAAGUAGAAAAAGAUGUGCCACAUAACCUGACACAGGCCGUUCACUGUGUGCUAGAAGACUUCUGCAACGCUGCAUCCAAACGACUAGACAUUGAGAUUGACAGUCGCUACCUGGACAUAGAACCUGCUGACCAAGCAGAUCCCUGCAAGUUCUUGGCCUGCAAUGAGUUCUCCCAAUGUGUGGUUAACAGUUGGACCCAGGAGGCUGAGUGUUUGUGUGACCCUGGCUACAGCACUACGGACGGUCUGCCCUGCCAGAGCAUUUGUAACUUGGAGGAAGAAUACUGCUUCAACGGGGGCCUUUGUGACAUCAUCCAGGGUCAUGGAGCCACCUGCAGAUGUCCUGUAGGGAAAUACUGGCACUAUCACGGAGUGCGCUGCAAUGAGCUGGUGUCACUGCCUGUAGAUCCAGCCAUUUUCAUAGCCUGCCUCGUGGGAAGCCUCACCUUGGUUUGUGCCAUCAUAGGCAUCUUGGUAUUCAUAAACAAGAAAUGUUUCGGGAACCGAAAGACUGUGACUUUGGUGUAAGCAGGACUUUUUUUUAUAACCUUUUUAAUUGUUUUAGAGUUUUGCUACAAUAGCUAGUUGUUGUUUUAUAGCUUGGUUAUUACGAUCUUGUUAUCUCCUUUGUGUUAUAGGCAUACAAUUGCUCCCUAUGCCUUUGAGAACACAUUGAGAGUGAACCCUGUUUUUGAAAAUGACGAUGGCAUCUUGACUCAAGUAU